AUGCCUCGAAAAGCGAUUGACUCGCGCAUUCCCGCGCUGAUACGCAAUGGCAUCCAAGAGAAGAAGCGCAGUUUCUUCGUCGUGGUCGGCGACAGAGCCAAAGAUGUCAUUGUACAUCUUCACUACAUCAUGUCCUCCGUCGACAUCAAGCAGAACAAGUCCGUGCUGUGGGCUUACAAAAAAGACCUUCUAGGCUUCACCAGCCACCGAAAGAAGCGCGAAACCAAGAUUAAAAAGGAGAUCAAACGUGGCAUUCGAGAUGCAAACACCGAAGAUCCCUUUGAACUCUUCAUUACCCUACACAACAUCCGCUAUGUCUAUUACAAGGAGACGGAAAAGAUCCUUGGUAACACAUACGGCAUGUGUAUCCUGCAAGACUUCGAGGCAAUAACCCCCAAUCUUCUUGCUAGGACGAUUGAGACGGUCGAAGGCGGGGGUCUGGUUAUCCUACUUCUCAAAGGCAUGAAAAGCUUGAAGCAGCUGUACACCAUGUCUAUGGAUGUACAUUCGCGGUACCGGACAGAGGCCCAUGAUGAUGUCGUGGCUAGGUUCAACGAACGGUUCAUCCUGUCGCUCGGAAGUUGUGAGUCGUGUCUGGUGGUGGAUGAUGAACUGAAUGUUCUACCUAUCUCCGGAGGGAAGAAUGUUCAGGCUUUACCACCACCGUCCACGGAAGCCGAAAGCACGUUGCCCACUAAGAAAGAGCUGAAAGAGAUCAAGGACAGCCUAGCAGACAGCCAACCCGUUGGCUCUCUUAUAACUCUGGCAAAGACAGUGGACCAAGCCAAGGCACUGCUCACCUUCGUCGAUGCCAUCUCUGAAAAGACGCUGCGGAGUACAGUCACGCUAACGGCUGCCCGUGGACGAGGAAAGUCAGCUGCACUGGGUGUUGCUGUGGCCGCGGCGAUAGCGCACGGCUAUAGCAAUAUCUUCGUUACAUCGCCUAGCCCUGAAAAUCUGAAGACUUUCUUCGAGUUUGUCAUCAAAGGCUUUGAUGCCCUCGAAUACAUGGAUCACGUCGAUUAUACAAUUCUACAAUCGACCAACCCGGACUAUAACAAGGCCGUUGUACGCAUUAAUAUCCACAGACAACAUCGGCAGACCAUACAGUACAUCCAACCUCAAGAUGCACAUGUCCUGGGUCAGGCGGAACUAGUCGUGAUAGAUGAGGCAGCAGCAAUUCCUUUACCGCUGGUUCGAAAAUUGCUGGGUCCUUAUCUGGUCUUCAUGGCUUCAACUAUCAACGGUUAUGAAGGAACCGGGCGUUCCCUAUCCCUGAAACUCAUUCAACAACUACGCGAACGGUCAAGAGGUGGGGCGAACACCAAUAGAGACGGACUCGAGGUUGCCGACAAAGCCACUGGCAACCCAGCCAAAGAUGAUCCAAAAGUCUACACUGGAGGCCGAUCAUUAAGAGAGAUCACUCUUUCCGAGCCUAUUCGAUAUGCGCCUGGAGACGCAGUGGAGAAGUGGCUCAAUCGACUGUUGUGCCUAGAUGCAACGUUGCCAAAAUCCAAGAUGAACACCCAGGGCACGCCUCAUCCCUCGACAUGUGAACUAGUCCACGUCAACCGCGACACCCUCUUUUCAUUCCACCCCGUCUCGGAAAAGUUCCUACAGCAAAUGAUGGCACUCUACGUGGCGUCCCACUACAAAAACUCACCCAAUGAUCUUCAACUGAUGUCAGAUGCUCCUGCCCAUCAGCUUUUCGUGCUUAUUCCUCCCAUUCCGGAAGAUGCGAACAGACUGCCUGAACCAUUGUGCGUCAUUCAGGUCGCGCUGGAAGGAAGGAUCAGCAAGAAGUCCGUUUUGAACAGUCUUUCCCGCGGUCAAAGAGCAGGGGGUGACCUCAUUCCAUGGCUAGUCAGUCAACAAUUUCAAGAUUCCGAGUUUGCUGGAUUAUCUGGAAGCCGUGUCGUGAGAAUUGCCACCAACCCCGAAUAUCUAAAUAUGGGUUAUGGGUCCAGAGCACUCCAGCUCCUAGCCGACUUCUAUGAGGGCAAGAUUACUUCGUUAUCAGAGACUGAGGAAGCUACCAUUGAAGACGUCGAACAUAUGCCUCGGAUUACGGACGCUGAGCUGGAGGAAUCAACUCUCCUGGAUGACAACAUCAAAGUGCGGGAUAUCCAGCAGAUGCCACCUCUAUUCAGUAAACUUUCUGAACGUCGACCAGAUCGCCUAGACUACCUAGGAGUAUCUUUUGGUCUGACGCAGCCACUCCACAAAUUCUGGAAGAGAGCUUCUUUCGCGCCAGUUUAUCUUCGUCAAACAGCAAACGAAUUGACAGGCGAACACUCUUGCGUUAUGCUCCGACCUCUAUCAUCCAGCACAACCACUGAUAGCUCCUGGCUCGGCGCUUAUGCGCAAGACUUCCACAAACGAUUCCUUACUCUUCUGUCCUACCAAUUUCGUACAUUCGCCUCUGUCCAGGCCCUCUCCAUAUCUGAAUCCGCCUCACGAGCCACUUCCUCUUAUGCCGAGGCCACAUCCGGCGUGCUCCCACUCACGAAAUCUGAUCUGGACUCUCUAUUCUCCCCCUUUGACCUUGCCCGACUGGAAUCCUAUGCAAACAACAUGCUCGAUUACCAUGUGAUCCUGGACCUGAUGCCUUCGAUCGCGUAUCUCUUCUUCACGGGCCGUCUAAAGCUGCCGCCUUGCAACGUCAGCCUCUCCGGUGUGCAGCAAAGUAUUCUUCUCGCCAUUGGUCUGCAACGCAAAGACUUGUCUGACGUGGAAAGAGAGUUGAACCUACCUAGCAAUCAGCUGCUGGCCAUGUUUGUCAAGGUGGUGAGGAAGGUCAGUACGGCUUUCCGCGCUGUCAUUUCUGGUGCCGUGGAGGCAAAUCUGCUGGAUAAGAAAGACGCCGAACCCAACGGUGCCGCCGAGCCAAGAGUCGGCAGCCGCGUUGUUCAAGUUCCACCGACCGACGUGGAUCUGAGCGCCAACGAGGAUGAAAAUGGCGAGGAGGUUGACCCGGUGCUAAAAGAGAAGCAGAGAGCGCUCAUUGAUGCGCUGCCUCUUGACAAGUACGAAAUAACGUCCACCACCGUGGAUGACGAAGCAUGGGAAGCAGCGGAGCGUCAAGUCCAGGAGGCCGUGUUGAAAUCUGGAAAGAGUACAACCGUCAGCGUGAAGAGCCAGAAGAAGCGGAAAGCCGAGGAGGUCAAUGGAUACGAGGCCGACAAUCGCAAUGAGGUGGACGGAGAAACGCAUAGGAAGAAGGGGAAGAAAGACAAGGAAAAGGACAAGGGCGAGCAUAAAAAGAAGCACAAGGACAAGGACAGACAGAAAAGUCGGCAUGCAUAG